UGUCCACAUGGAGGGCCAGGAAUGGGGUCUCAGGGAGCGAGGAGUGGCCAUCUGUAGGUGUUGGAACCAGGUCUGUUCCCAGUGAAGCACCUGCCCGGUGAGCCUCUGGUAGAAUCUGCCUAUAAGUGACAGGAGUCCAAGAAGAGGCCCAGGACAGGGCCAUCCCCAUCCCACAGCCUGGAGACUGCCAGAUACAUUUGGUUCUUCUCACCGCUCACCCGCAUUGGGACGCUUCCAACUUUGACACCAAGUGACUUCCUGUGAGACUUUCUGCUGGCCAGGAAGUUGUCCCUUCUGCCCCACCCUCCCAUCCUACCACCACUGAUGCUGAUGUGGAGGGCUAGGACAUAAUGGAGCCCUAGGGCCAGCCUUUGCUUGUUCACAGGUGGCUCUGGGCAGACUGUGGUUAUGGAGGGAUGCACAGGUAAACAGGGAAAGCGAAGAAGCAAGACAGCUACUGUGCAGAGUCAGGCAUUCUGCCCGGUGUGCCACAAUGCUAUGGCCAGGGACUCUACAGUCCCAGGUUGGAGAUGUCAGGAGCACUGAGGGGAGAGGAGGGCACACUCAACCUCUGGAGGAUGAGUAGCUGGCUCUCCUCUGGCACCUGGUCUGCCUGGCAUUGCAAUCCAGUCCCCUCUUAAGCCAAAGAGAGUCGAGAAAGAGAGUCCAGUGUUACAUGGGGGGUGGAGACGGAGAUGCUGUACAGCCUCUGCUAGGGCACCCGAGGAGAGAGCAGGGCCAGAUCAACUCUCCUGUACUCACCGCAGCUGGCCCGGCCAAGGAGAAAGUAAAGCUAGAAAUAGGUUUCCAGCUGCCUGAAGGAGGAGGAAGGGCAGCAGUCCUUGAUUACCCGCAGCAGAAAGUUCUGGAGCUCAUGGUUGGCUGUGGUACAGUCUUUGCCCUUGAGGAGUCUAAAAGUUGUGCAUAUGUAAGAAGAAAGAAGCUUCAAGCUGCAGUGAGUUGGUGGCUCAGUGGGCUUCCCAGCCACCCUGAGGAGCCACCAAACCCCUGUUCCUGCCCUGGAGGAUAGCAGGCUUGGUUCUGAGUAUCUGCAGGCUGCUCCAAUGGCCACAGGAGAGCAGUGCUUGUGUAUGCCUUCCCCAGGUGAAGGCACCAAGGGGGGCGAUGAGGAAGAACAUUCCAGAGGGGCGUUGUGUGCGGAACAGCGGAGUGUGGGUGUGGCAAGUACAGUCAACAGAAUAGGACCCUCCGGGAAGGGCAGAGAGCUGACUCUCGAAGGACAAGAGGGCCGGGCAUGGUAGCGCACACCUUUGAUCCCAGCACGCAGGAGGCAGAGGCAGGAGGAUCUCUGUGAGUUCAAAGCCGCUCGUCUCAUAGUGAGCUCCACCACUACACGGAGAGACCCUGUCUCAAAAACAUCACUGAGAGAAAAAAAGGGGACAAGGAGGAGACAGGGACGCAGACGUCAGUGGCCUGUGUACUGGACCCUCGAGUUUGGGCUUCCUGUGAGGGCUGAGCUCACUCGAGGGAUUUCUAGCAGGUCAGCACGCCAUGUUGGAAGCAUGCUGAGGUUGACAGGUGCCUGUCACUGUUGGAUUAGAGGCUUAGACGUUACCUCUGCUAACAGGCAAGUCUAAGACAUAGGGUGCCUUCCAGGUGGCACGGCCAGGAUGUCCUUUGACCCCGAUGGAGAACUUUGGUAAGGCUCACAGCAUGAGGCUCUUCCCAUAGAUCUUUCUGGCCAUGAUGAAAUGCUGUAUACCCUGACCACUGACCUACAAUCCCAGCACCAAAACCAAACAGAAGAAGAUGCCUCGGAGGUCCAGAGCCCAACACUUAGCCUCCUGACCUGGCUUCCUGUAGGUUUUGCCCAGCCUGGCCCCAGAAGGCCCUCUCCCGCUUCCUGCAUUCCAGAAUCUGUAGGAAUGUUCGAUGAGUUCAGACACUGUCCACAGCAUCUGCUUUUUGGCAGUGUGACUUCAGGCCUGUCUAUCCCCCUCAGUUCUGGCCACCCCGAUGGCCCCAGGCCUACAUAUAGCCUUUCUCAUCCAGCUGGGAUAGGGUGGUAGUGAGGAGAAUUCUGGCUGCUGCUACUGCCCCAGGCAGCAAGGGGAGCCAACUUCCCUGUGCCUCAUCCUCCAGCAGGGUCAGGUGCCGGGCGGGCAGGCAGGCAGGCGGGCGGAGGUUAUGGGCUCUGCCAGCUCCCAGAAGUACAGGUUUCCCUGAAGGUAAAUGUGUUUGAGGCCUUGCUUAUGACGUCUGCAAACUUGGUCAGCCGUUGCCUCUAGUUCCUUAAAAUUCCUCCAAGGCACACAGUGGCUAAGUGCCUGAGAUAGGGACCGGAUGGGGAAGCGGAGGGUAUCAGGAAGUCCCCAGAUGCUGGUCUGCCUUUGGGAGUGAGGGUCACGCGCCAUUGGACUUCAGAAAGCGGACAGCUUCGAAUUAUAUCCUUCAGCCCCUGGCUGAUACCAAAACAGCCCUGCCCCCCCCCCCCCCAUGCCAUGAAUGGAGUAGGUGUUCACACAAGCCUGCUGCUUCAGGGCCUGGGCCUGAAGCUGACAAAACCGAAGAUCCAAGAGACCUAAAGUACAUGCACAAAAGCCACUGGAGGCAGAGCCCGAUGCAGCAUGGCCCGGUGGGACGGGAGGUCAGUCAGGAAGGUCCAAAUGCUUGGUUCAGGCUGGGUAACUGCAGUCAAGUUCAGGUAGGUGGCCCUAGGAUGCCUGGAAGGAGUUUGCGGAGAGGAUGAGUUUGCUCAGGGAUGGCCUCCAGAGUUAUGAAGUGACCCUUGCCGCUGCCUCUGGCUCCUUCCUAGUGCCCUGUGUGUUCUGCCAACCUCCAUAUUCUCCAGGGUAGUGUCCCAAACUCAGGGCAUGGAUAGACGACAUCUGAGGUAGUCCUGGGCUGGGGGACAGCAGGCCAGUGGGGAGGGGCAGUGGGCAGGGCUGUGUUGAAGCAGUACCAAGAGCCACCAUGGGCUUUGCUGAUGCUACACGUGUGAUAUGGACUGACUCAGAGGUCAUCUGAUGUCAAAACUGACCAGCUCCCUCCACCCCCUGGUCUUUCCACCCUAGUUCCCAGGACUGCAGCACGCACCAGGGACUGCUCCACACUUCUGCCGGCUAGGCUGCAUGUCCUUGACCGCUAUCUUACCCCACAUAAAACCUCCCCUCCCAGCCACUACUUCCCUCCCCCACUGCUGCCAGUCCUCUGUCUCUCACUUGGGUCUCUACAGAAGCUGCCUGUCGGGGCUGCUUGCCCAUGUACAGUCUGUUAUUAACCUGGCAGUCAGAAGGAGUCGAUUCAGACAUCCACGGGAUCUUGACGUUCCUCUGCUCUCGUCCUCCUGUGCGCUGAGAUUCCUGCUGUAGCUGCUCUGAAUCCCCCAACCCUACCAUCACCCCACACUCUCCCCUCAGCACUCAGCUCUGCCAUGGGACCUUUGCAUUUGCUCUUCCCCCAUUGACCUGCUCCCUUCACGUUCUACGUCUGCAGUUUCACCUUCUUAGGGAGCUCUUUUUUUAAAGAUUUAUUUAUUUAUUUAUUAUAUUAUUUAUUUAUUUAUUUAUUUAUUUAUUUAUUUAUUUAUUAUAUAUAAGUAUACGGUCUUCAAACACACAUCAUUUCAGGUGCCACCAUGUGGUUGCUGGGAUUUGAACUCAGGACCUCUGGAAGACCAGUCAGUGCUCUUAACCACUGAGCCAUCUCUCCAGCCCUAGGGAGCUCUCUUUAAUGAUUUCAUUUCUAUUUUAUAUGCGUUGGUGUUUUGCCUGCUCGUAAGUCUGUCCCCGGGGUGGGGAAGGUAUCAGAUCCCCUAGAACUGGAGUUGUGAGCUGCUGUGUUGGUGCGGGGAGUUGAACCCAUGUCCUCUGGGAGAGCGGCGGGUGCUCUAACCACUGAGCCAUCUCUCCAGCCUUUCUGAUGGCCCUGUUUAAACUCAGCACCUCUUCCCCUCUCCCUCCUCCCCACUGGGUUCCCCUUUACUGCGCUCGUUGGCAUCUACAGCACUACCCGUUUUCACUACAUCCUUACCCCAUCAAAAGGAGCAAGGCGGGGCUGGAGUGUGUCGUGGUGGCAGAAUGCCUGCCUGCCUGUUGGGAAAGAACAUUUGCAACCUAGGUCUCAGGGAGGGGGCAGGACUGGGGAGGACCUCGGCUAGAAGCGGGGAGCGAUGGUGGUCACCGUGAUCCACUCGACACCCCAGAAAUUGCUACCUCACUUUGAGCAGAUUGAUCCCUUCUUGAAGUCUCUGGGGGCUAACUAAAGCGCUCCAUACACCGUUCGCCUCCUAGCUGGCUCCCUGCUGGCCUCAGAGUCUGGCCUUUCUUGUGUUCUCAUGGUGCACAGUGGCCUAGCAAGGCCUCUCUUUCCCUCAGGCCUGGCUCCUCCCCCCCUUCCCCUGUGACACCCUUGUCUCUGGCACCAACAGGAAGUGCUGGCAGCUGGUGUGUGCCUGGGAGAUAAGGAGUUUUUACCUGGGCAGAAGGUAGGAGGCAGGUUGGCUAGGGUCCCAUGACCCAGCCUACAGCUCCAGAGGGUCCUCUGAGGUGACCUCCCCCGAUGACACCCUGCUGGGUGGCACCCCUACACCACACUUCUCUUUCCCUGGCACCAGUUGCACGGGACAGACCCAGAUGGCUCUUUGGCCUGGGGACAAAGGCCACACUGUGCCUGGCCCUGGGCGGGCCUCAGGCUGGGUCACACUGAGCCUUUCUGUCCCUUUCUGUUGGGGAUGAGGGGCAGACAGCACCAAGGUGACAGGCCCUUUUCCUGUCGCCCUUCCCCCUCAGCCCCCAAAUCUGAGGAGCUGAUUCUCCCAAGGCAACAGUGACAGAGCAUCUUGUAUCAGAGCUGGGGAACAACCAACCAUUCACUGCCCCGAGUGCCCUGUCACACCCAAGACCCUAUUGGGUUCAAUGCCCUAAUUGUCCCCAGCAAAGAGAAGUAGCCACUCUCUGCUCUGAUCACCAUUCCUGCUGCCUGCUCUCAUGUCACCAUCAGGAAGUCUAUCCUUACGUCUAACCUCCAUUCCUCAUGCUGUAGUGACAGCCAUUUCCUCUUGACCACUUCUCCAGCAGAGCAGCUGGUUGCUAUUGCUGUGCUGUAGCCCUGCACACCACUCAGGUCAAGCCUUGAGCCUAGAGCAUGGGCUCCGGUCUGCAUGUCCAGCCUUUCCUCUCGGUUCUGACCUCCACUCUGCCCUAGGCCAGCUAUUGGCUCUUUGCUCCUAACUGAACCCGAGAGCAGAUGGGAUUUUGGCUCGGUUCUUGUCUUGAAGAAGUCAUCCACCCGGAACAAAAGCCAGGGUGUAAAUCAUGGCAGCUACUGGGAGAUCCCUGAGCUAACAACCCAUCAUGCAAUCCCAUAAGCCCACACUAUAGGCUGACUGCAGGGAGAGCUUUUUAUUUUUAUUUUUUAGACAGCUCUGGUUCUUCCUGGUAGAGCUGAAGCCGUGAGCAGCCAAGUGCAUGUGUCCCUGCAUCCCUUAGAGUGGCCUUGGCCAUGUGCCCCACCACGUGCCCCAUGUCCCUUCAGCUAUGGUCUCUCUCUUUGUCUCUGUCUCUCUCUGUGUGUCUGUCUGUCUCUGUCUCUGUCUCUGUCUCUCUGUCUCUCUGUCUCUCUGUCUCUCUGUCUCUGUCUCUCUCUCUCUCUCUCUCUCUCUCUCUCUCUCUCUCUCUCUCUCUCUCUCUGUAUCUGUCUGUCUCCUUCCUGUGUCCUCUGCAGCUUUGGGGGCUCCCCUCCAAACCCAGAUGGCAGUUUGGAAGGGUGGGCUGAUAGCCCUCACUUGAACACCUGAACCCCAGAUCCUGCCAACCAUGUCUCUACAUGCUGGUUAUUGGAGAAACUGUCUUAAAAAUACAUCUUCUGCCUGUCUUGGAGGGACAAGCCUGUAAUCCUAGCACUGGAGAGAUUGAGGAAGACUGGAAAUUCAAGCUAGUCAGGGCUGCAUCAAAAUAGCCAUUGCAAAAGACGAGCCGGCCGGAACCACGGCUCAGUGGUCUAGGGUGCUUGCUGGGCUUCCAGGAGACCUGAGUCCUCUGCCUAGAACCCGUAUCAGACAUCUCGCAGAUGCCCGUAAUUCCAAAUCUAGAGGAUCCACCUCCCUCUUCUGACCCCCAGGGGCACCUGCAUCCGCGUGACAUAUACAUAUAUACAUAGGUAUACACAUAAAUUAAAAAAAAAAGUCUUGAAGGUGAGGAGGUAGGCAUUUUCCUUGCCUACCACUUGUAAGGUCCCAGGUUCGAUCCCAAGAGUUCCAGAAGCUGAUAGUUUGGAUUUUUUUCCCCAGUGUUUCUGGUCAUCCCAGCAUUCAGCACACCUGGACAACAAUGGACAUCUACCCGGAGUGAUCUCUGCCCUCUGGUCCUGCUGGGAAUGAGAGUUACCAGGCAGGGUGUGACAAGACUUCUUGUCACUGAACCCUCUGUCACCUCCACAGAGCCUCCAUGGGUCCUUUCCGUUUAGAUGCCACACACAAGGGCAUGUGGCAGAGUGGCUGUCUUCUGGGAGCCUUCUCCCAGAGUUCUGCAGAAGGCAGGCGGAGGCCGUAAGAAGAAAUGAAAUCAAUAGAACUCCAGGGGGGCACCCAGGUGGGCAAGGCAAGGAAGCCUGGAGAGCCUCAGCGGUGCGCCACCAUUAACCUGAGUUCCCUGGGAGCAGGGAUCUUGUUUGGUUACUGGAACCUAGUGUCCGGCACCGUGCUGCGCACAAGACGCCCCACAGGCGGUGUGCUGAACUGACUCCGACUGCAAGCUGCUCAGCAGAGGAGGGCUCAGCUGGCCGUGUAGACAGAGCCUUCUGCUUGAAAAGGCACAGGCCUGGGUCAGGACAGCCUGGGGGCCCAGCUCAGUUAUGGUAGGGACAGCCGGGAACGUGGAGUGCAGGGGAGUGGACCUUUUCAAGGCUCACAGAGGAAGGAGGAUAUAUCUGAUCGUUAAGCAAAGCAAACAUGUUACUGACCCAUAAUCCUUUAAACCAGGAGGAUUCUGGAGGGGCCUGGUUGCCUUGGCAACUAGGUGCUAGCCAGCCACAGGCCUGAGCAUCCUCCAGAAGUGGGUUAGAAGUAGGCCCAGGGAGGAGUGCAGAUGGCCCCUCCCAAAACAGGGAUGUCUGUUGCCUUCCUGAUGCCUUCCUGGCCAGGAUGGAGAGGUCAAGAGUUAUAUAGCCUCUGGUUCCUGCAGCCCCACUGACCCACCUUGGACCCCUGCUGAUCAUGAACAAGAUGAAGAACUUCAAACGAAGGCUUUCCCUGUCAGUGCCCCGCCCAGAGACCAUUGAGGAGUCAUUGACCGAGUUCACCGAGCAGUUCAACCAGCUCCACACUCAGAGGAAUGAGGACGGCAGGGACGAACCUGGGCAGCUGUCUCCGGGCGUGCAGUAUCAGCAACGGCAGAACCAGCGCCGAUUCUCCAUGGAGGACCUCAACAAGAGGCUCUCUCUGCCCAUGGAUAUCCGCCUGCCCCAGGAAUUCCUGCAGAAGCUACAGCUGGAGAACCCAGGGCUGCCCAAACCACUCACCCGAAUGUCCCGCCGUGCCUCCCUGUCAGAUAUCGGCUUCGGGAAACUGGAAACAUACGUGAAACUGGACAAACUGGGGGAGGGCACCUAUGCCACCGUCUUCAAGGGACGCAGCAAGUUGACAGAGAACCUCGUGGCCCUGAAGGAGAUCCGGUUGGAACAUGAGGAAGGGGCACCCUGCACUGCUAUUCGAGAGGUGUCUCUGCUGAAGGACCUGAAACAUGCCAAUAUUGUGACCCUGCAUGACCUCAUUCACACAGAUCGGUCCCUCACCCUGGUGUUUGAGUACCUGGACAGUGACCUGAAACAGUACCUAGACCACUGCGGGAACCUCAUGAACAUGCACAACGUCAAGAUUUUUAUGUUCCAGCUGCUCCGGGGUCUGGCCUAUUGCCACCGCCGCAAGAUCCUACACCGGGACCUGAAGCCCCAGAACCUGCUCAUCAAUGAGAGGGGGGAACUGAAACUGGCUGACUUUGGCCUGGCCCGGGCCAAAUCAGUGCCUACAAAGACCUACUCCAAUGAGGUGGUGACCCUCUGGUACAGGCCCCCAGACGUGCUGCUGGGAUCCACGGAGUACUCCACCCCCAUCGACAUGUGGGGCGUGGGCUGCAUCCUCUAUGAGAUGGCCACCGGCAAGCCCCUCUUCCCAGGCUCCACUGUCAAGGAGGAGUUGCACCUCAUCUUCCGUCUCCUGGGGACACCUACAGAAGAGUCGUGGCCAGGUGUGACAUCCAUCUCCGAGUUUCGAGCCUACAACUUCCCCCGGUACCUACCGCAACCGCUGCUCAGCCACGCUCCCAGGUUGGAUACUGAAGGCAUCAACCUCCUGACCAGCCUCCUCCUGUAUGAAUCCAAGAGUCGCAUGUCAGCAGAGGCGGCCCUAAGUCACCCCUACUUCCAGUCUCUCGGGGAACGAGUACACCAGCUCGAUGACACUGCCUCCAUCUUCUCCCUGAAGGAGAUCCAGCUCCAAAAGGACCCAGGCUAUCGUGGCCUUGCCUUCCAGCACCCAGGGCGAGGGAAGAGCCGGCGACAGAGCAUCUUCUGAGCUACCCACCCGGCUGCACGUUGAGGGACGAGAGGCCACUCGGAACAUGAAUUCAGGAAGUGUGGGGCCUGUGUGGCCAUCAGAGGGCUGAACAAUGAAUGCCUGUGGCCAGUCUGGAGGACCACUCAGCAGCCCUGUUGGUAGCAUUUGCUUCCUUCCCUUGCUUGCCACACAGCUCUGCGGUGGCCUCUGCCUGGACACCAAUCCCUUGUCACCCACUGUGGGAUGGGGCAUGAGCUGCUUCCCUGGGAGGAAGUGAGGGUCAAGGAGGGACCCGGGACCCUUUCCCAGUGGACGUGCAGGAGAAGGUGGGGGCCCUGGCCCUGCUGGCUCAUCAGCUUGACAAACCCCCUUCUUAUUGCUUGGACCCUUACUUCAUCUUCUUCCCCCCAUGAGGAGGAGGAAUAUGGCACCUUACCUGGGACCCUGGAAUCGCACCCAUGUGUGUGCUGACCCCACCCAAAGGCAGAUGUCCCCGAAGCAUCAGAAAAUGUAGUGCCUCCCCUUGUCUCCACCCCCACCAUGCUGUUGUCCCCUCCUUGCCAGAAGCCCUGUGCCCUCUGGCUUGCACCAAGGCUAAAAAGCACAAGCUUGCUUCCCGUGUCCAACUGCAUCCGGAAGUGUCCCGUGCUCCUAGAUGUACUCCUGCCACCUCAGCCAGCCCCGUGCCCAUCCCCCAGUCUGGAAAGGGUUGCCUUAAACUGGCAGGUGGUCGAGUGCGCUGUGUCCUUGGAACUCUGACCUAUGUCCCUCUUCCCUAAGCCAUUCCCGUGGGUGUUAUCAUCCCUGAGGGCUGAUAAGUCAACCCUGUCUCAGGGUCCUGAGGCUGGCACCCAGAUAGGCAAGGUCACCUUGACACUGGUACCAGAGUAACCUUGGCUCUUUAGGGCUGGUGCAGCCUCUCCCCCAUGCUCCACCUCCUUCCCAGCCCUGUCCACCUGACCCUGGCACCGACCUCCACAGAGAGGGUGGGGAGGGCGUCGGCACCACAGCCUAAGCUGGAGAGAAGUGAGGUUGCAGCAGGUUUGAUCCUGACAGCCUCAUCCUACAUCCCCAGGGAAGGCACCCUUCCUCUGUACUCCCCUCCUGUUCUAGGGUCUCCCCAACAUUUGGCUGAACUUGAAGGGCAAAGGUCAAAGGGAGGUCAAGCUCCAUGCCAUCCUAACCCCUUGGAGCCUGGGUUCUCCCUAACCCCCUUUCCCACUGACUGUGAAUGUCGUGACUCAGAGCAAAGACAGAGAAUAUAUUUAAUUCAUGUUGUACAAAAA